UGACGCGGUAUAUCCUUUCGAUGCGAGCAGGCUGCAGCGUGUGAACCGCGAAUAGGCGAGAGACGCGCGCUGACAUUGGCCUGAGGCUGCCACCAUGUGCUGCACCUGGCGCCACACCGCGGGCUCCUCCACACAGGUGAGGGGUUCCUGUCCGUCACCCACACCUUCAUACGUCAUCACUGUGGCAUUCCGUGGGACCAGGCGCACACUGUCACCCGUCUGUAAACUGUAAGCUGGUAAGCCUGAUUCUUUAGUUCAGUUCGUAGACAUGUACUUGACAUAUAUAGUAGGGGCGAAUGCUCAUCUGUAACCUCACCAGUUCACCCUUCAAACAAAUAGUCACCAAAUCCAGACAAUCUGCAACAAAUCCACACUUCAACAUGCCUUCCGACAACGCCCCCAAGAAGCCCGAGUCCGAGAAGGAGUUCAAGGUCCAGCCGGUCCCUGAGCACGCCGCAAAGGACGCCUUCUCUGCCCACAAGGCCCACCCCGGCCCAGCCGUCCCGGAGAACAUGCCAGGUUUCGAGGGCACAAAGGAGGAGCGUCUGGCCAAGGCCAAGGAGCUAAACAAAUAAGGGAAAUGAUAUCGGAUAUAAUGAGUUACGACAGCGUUAGGAGUCUAGAGCCAUCCAGAAUAAGAUCUCCAUACUCUCACGCAUAUCUGCCGUGUUCACAUUUGCCACGAGCAGAACAUGAUUAUUCAAUCUAGUCCAGAUCACACAUAGGUGCUAGCCCUCUCAGACGCAAGGAUGACUUGCUUGAA